GUCUAUAUCCACCAAAUUGCUGAUGCAGAUUUGUUUUUGUUUGUGUUUCGCGACGGCUUGGCGCAACAACCAUCAGUGGUGAUGAGAUGAAGCAAGCAAGAAGCAUGCAUGUGUGUGUGUGUGUGUGUGUGUGGCCGCUGUGGCUGCUAGCUGGCGGUCUUGCAACACAUUGCGCACCCUGUUGUUGGUGCGACCGCACAUGCACGGACGAUCGAAUGUUGCUUCAUUUUUCAUCCAGCCCAGUGCAGCGCAGUAGGAGAGCAGAACAAUACAACGAACGACAGACAACGUUGCAGCCAUGGCUGAUACCACAGAGAAGGAUGCCCAGCAAACAGGCACGUACACGGUCAAGGCGGGCUUGGCGCAGAUGCUGAAGGGCGGCGUCAUCAUGGACGUUGUCAACGCCAAGCAGGCCCAAGUGGCAGAGAAGAGCGGCGCAUGCGCCAUCAUGGCGCUUGAGCGUGUUCCCGCCGACAUUCGCGCUGAAGGCGGUGUGGCGCGCAUGUCUGACCCGAAGUUGAUCAAGGAAAUCAAGGCAGCCGUCACCAUCCCCGUCAUGGCCAAGGCCCGCAUCGGUCACUUUGUCGAGGCGCAGAUUCUUCAGUCGCUGGACUGUGACUUUAUCGACGAGAGCGAAGUGCUCACACCCGCAGACGGUCGGUGUGUGUGUGUGUGUGUGUGUGUGUGUGAGCGUGUAUGUGUGUGUGUGUUUGUGUGUGUGUGUGUGUGUGUGUGUUACGCUGGAGAGGAGCGCGUGCCGCUUGCGCUGGUGAAGCGGACGCGCGACCUUGGGCGGCUGCCUGUUGUCAACUUUGCUGCUGGCGGCAUUGCCACGCCCGCCGACGCCGCCAUGAUGAUGCAGCUCGGCUGCGACGGCGUCUUUGUCGGAUCGGGCAUCUUCAAGAGCACCAACCCCGAGAAGCGCGCGCGGGCGAUUGUGGAGGCCGUGACGCAUUUCCGGGACGCGGCGGUGCUGGCGCGCGUGAGCGAGGACCUUGGACCGGCCAUGGUCGGCAUCAGCUGCGACUCGCUGCUGCGUGACCCAGCGCACAACCAACUCGCCUCCACCCCGGAGUGACGCCUGGCUGUUGUCAACGUAUGGGGAGAGAGAGAUAGCGACGCAGCCAGAGCGCGAACACACACACACACACGCGCGCGCGCGCGCACACACACACAUCUCGUCUCAUUCAUCCCAACUUGGUUGUUCUUCCUUGAUGUUGCUUUUGUUUUCGUACAUUUUAUGGUCCUGUUAUCCAACAAUACACCAUUCCAUUUCAUUCAACACAACAACAGCAGCACUUCACACAACACCUCUG